AUGCUUCGUCGGUUUACGAAAAGCAUCUGCCGCUGCAGCGCCGCUGCAGCGCGUUUGAAUACAGAGCCUGCUGCUGCUGCAGUAGGAUCCGCGGCGGCGGGCGCGGGGUCCCGAAAGAACUACUCGGAGGCGAAGGGGCCGGUUGAGGUGCCAGUGCUCGACCAGCUUGUAGGGUACUACGUCAACAUCCAGUCACGGAAGAUGUACUACAAAGACUUUUUGCGCAUUGAGCACCAGGCGGUGCGGUGGGCAUUUGCCGAUAUACGAAAGAACAGUGAGGCUCUUGCCCAUGGACUGCUGCAGACGGGUCUUCGUCCUGGCCAGCGUGUACUAGCAAUUCAGCCGUGCAACUGCGAGACGUUUGUGCUACAGUUGGCUUGCGCGAAGGUGGGGGCGUUGCUGGCGGUGGUGCCGCACCAGAACAUCAGCGCUGACAAGCUUCGUUUCUAUCUGAACGAGUUUCAGCCCAAUCACUUUAUUGCCCGCGAGUGGAUAGUAGUCCCCGAGAUGAAGCAGGGGACGUUGGUGGAGCGCAACAUGCAUUUCUGGGACAUGAUCUACAACGUCAUUCCCGAAUUGGGCCUUUCGUACCCGGGGCAGAAGUUUCAGUGGGUGCACUCGCAGGAGUUCUUCUUCCUGAAGAAGGUGGUCAUCACGGACCACAACAUGAACCUACUCGGUGUGACGCCAAUGCGCAAGAUGCUCGUAUGGGGCCCUUUUUCGUACUACGAGCAACGCCUGCGCCGCCUCUCUGCGCUGCUGCAUCCGGACGACCCGAUUUUGGCCUUGGAGGAUCCUCACCCUGCGGUGGAGGACAAACUACACAUUACCUUUUCGCACAGGAACUGCGUCAAUGCCGGAUUUCUUUUCGCGCGACUCAUGCAACUUAAGGCGGAGACACGUUUUGGGGUGAUGCCAAACCACCACAUUAAUCCAGUGGGCGCCAUCAUUGCCCCGUACGCGGCACUGACGUCAGGGGCAGUUUUUGUGCACAUCCACAGUGACAUGUUUACCGACGACCAUGCCCUUAACGCGAUUGAAAAGCUGUGUGUUGAGGAGGUGCAGGGUAUUCUGGGAAAGAGGGCGGACUUUGAUCUUUUGCUUCGUCACACGGGCAACUUUGACGCCGACCAGUACGAACACCUGAAGUGGGUGGCGUUGUUUGAGGAUGCUAGCGAACCUUUUGUGAGUGAUGAGUACAUCCAGAAAUUAGCGAAGGAACUUAGCCUUGAUGACGUCUUUGUCUUUCGAGGCCCGCUGGAGAGCGCCUACAUGCUCACAUGGCGUUCACUAAAGCGGGGGCAAUGUGGCAUGGUGCCGCAUGCGGAGGCGAAGGUUGUGGGGGACCGCGGCACGGCUGACGCGACGAUCCUCUCCGCUAACACGCGAGGAAACCUGAAGCUUAAAGGACCGCACAUUUCCCCAGGGUACUACAACAAUGCGGGUCUCCUAACGGAACUUGUGGACGAGCGUGGGUUCUGCAGCACCAGUCGCGAGGCGAUUAUGGACGAGAAGGGCUAUCUAACGCUGCAGCGGACCCAGAUCUACUAG